AACUUCAUUCUAGAAUUUAAAUUGACAGUUACUAACCUUAAUUUUAAAAGUUUUAGUUGUUAAAAUGGAUAUAAAUAUUGAAGUGAAACUCGAUUUAAAGUGUAUGAAAAAAGAUUUAAUCGAUGGAAUCUACAAUUGUUCUCAACGAGGUUUAUAUCACGCAGUAAAAUGGUUAUCAGAAAUGAAUUUUUCACUGAAAAAUUUAAACUUAUCACCGAGCGAAGGCCCCGAAGUUAUCGAACAUUCCGAAGAAUCAGAUACGUAUUUAUUAGCUAAAUCGUAUUUCGAUUUAAAAGAAUACGAUCGUUGCUCGUAUUUUUUGAAAGAUUGCACUACCCCAAAACCCAAAUUUUUAUACUACUAUUCGAAAUAUUUAUCUAUAGAAAAAAAGAAAUUAGAAGAUAAUAUAAUCGAUACGAACCCCUCGCAAAAUACAAUAAAAAACGAAGCCCUAAUCGAUUUAUGCAGUAUAUUAAAAAUUGAAUACAUUGAAAACAAAUUAGACGGUUACUCGCUGUAUUUAUACGGGGUUAUAUUAAAAAAACUUGAUCUAAUUCCGGUCGCCACCGAAGUUCUAAUCAAAUCCGUUAACGAAGCCCCGAUGUUGUGGAGCGCUUGGUACGAAUUGGGGAAAAUCAUCCCCGAUAAAAACACGAUAUUUUCGUCUUCGUUACCAGAUCAUUGGAUGAAAUAUUUCUUUUUAGCGCACACUUAUCUUGAACAACUCAACAACGACGAAUCUUUACAAUUGUAUAAUUCGUUUCAUUCAAUGGGUUUCGAGAAUUGCACGUACGUUUUAGCUCAAAUAGCAUUGGGACAACAUAACAGGAGAAAUCUAAACGACGCCAUCCAAAUUUUCCAAACGAUAUUAGAAUUAGACCCAUAUCGUUUGGAAAAUUUAGACACCUACUCAAAUCUCCUUUACGUGCUAGAAAUGAAAAAAGAACUCGCCGAUUUGGCCCACAAAGUCGUCAACAUCGAUAAAUACAGGGUGGAAACUUGUUGCGUCAUAGGGAACUACUACAGUUUGAGAUCGGAUCACGCGAAAGCGGUGUUGUAUUUUCGUCGAGCGUUGAAACUGAAUCCACAAUUUUUGUCCGCUUGGACUUUAAUGGGCCACGAAUUUAUGGAAAUGAAGAACACGAACGCCGCUAUACAAAGUUACAGACACGCCAUCGAAAUCAAUUCGAGGGACUACCGAGCUUGGUACGGUUUAGGGCAGACGUACGAGAUACUGAAAAUGCCCAAUUAUUGCCUGCACUAUUACAAGAGAGCCCAACAGCUCAAACCGAACGACAGCAGGAUGGUGAUCGCUUUAGGGGAGGCGUACGAGAAGUUGGAGAAGACCGAAAACGCUUUGAAGUGUUAUUACAAGGCUUGCAAUUGGGGGGACGUCGAGGGGACAGCCCUGCUCAAAUUGGCCAAGCUGUACGAUAAAUUGCACGAAACGGAGAACGCGGCGGCGGCUUUUACGGAGUUUUGUCUCCGCGAGGAAGACAGAGAGAUGCGGAGCAUCGAGGAGCAAGCGGAGUUUUACAACGCGUUGCAGUAUCUGGCUAAUUAUCAUUUGAAAAAGGGGGAGCUUGAUGAUGCUUACACGUACGCUUACAAGUGUAUGGAAUGCGAAGAGACCAAAGAACCGGGAAAAGCCCUAUUGAAAGCUAUAGCCGCCAAAAGGGCCGAACAGGAAGCGGGACCGGCGCGAAUCAGCGAAUCCAGCAACAUCGACAUGGUUUUUUCACCAAAUCCGCUACAAUAAGUCGUUUUUUUUUUUCGCCAAUAUCGUGAAUUUAAAAUUUUUUUCAUAAAUUGGCGCAGUCUAUAGGAUUAAAUAAAAUAAUUGUUAUGUAUACAAAUUUAUUGAAACAUAAUUUUCGACAAAUUAAAAACUACAAUUUCAUUAUUUA